AUGGAUGAAGGCAUCGCCUUGUCAACGGUUGCCGGCAAGCUGGUGUUUACGACUGACCCUGGGUCUCUCAAGCGUGAAAAGGAGCUUCUCCUUGCCAACCAGAAGUUGACUGCCGACCUCGAAAGAUUGCAAGAACGCCUGUCAUUUGUUGAGGAGUUGAUUGGACCCACGGAAACUCAGCGGAAUGCGGGAAAACGAUGCAGCUCUGUGGAGAGUUGGCCGCAGUGGCAUUUCUUGAGAAUUGAGCCCAAGACGUAUCAAAUUCAGCUGACCUCGGCCAGAGAUGCAGCGCUUCGAGUUGCACACAGCUGCUCCGGUUCGAUACCCACUCGAUGUGUUGGGCGUUUGGAUGAGACAUGGCUUCGAUCCAGAGGUCUCACAGAUCAAGAGUGUAGUAUGCUCCAGCGUGGCUGUGUUUCUGGGGACAACGGAGUACCUACUGACAUUUCGAUGCUGGGAGAUCCUUCAUUCUGCCCUUACGACAAGCAGACACUCCAGCCAAAAUGGGAGGCCAAGGGAGGCUUUUUGCAACUGAGCUUGGCAGAUGUUCGUGAUAAGUGGGGAGAAGAGGUUGCUUUGGAACUGGUGCGCUGUGCCAUCGAGCUGGACAGGCCAAGGCACCGAACUCCUUCACCAGAGAAGGCAAUCCAACUGCUGAUUGGAGAUGCCAUCGGUGAUGCCUUCGGUGCCAUCAUUGAAAUGCAAGAUGCGUACUGGAUCCGCCGAUCGGUGUCCUUUGACCGGUGGCCGAAGAAUCCCAUGCGGAGGACUGAGUGGAACACCAACACCGCGUGUGGCAUGUACACAGAUGACUGCGAAAUGACCGUGGGCUUGGUAAACGGCCUCUUAGCGCAUGGGCUGCAGCUUGGUGAAGAAGAGAUGCUCAAGGCUUGGCAGGCAGAGUGGGACUUGGCCAAGAAAAGACCACGCCCUGCACCUCCUGGUGCGGAAAGGAAUGGUCAUGGUAGCAUCAAGACCUACUUUCGUGGAUUUCGAGAAAUCGACGAGGUGAGGAGGCUACAAGCCUCCAAAGAGGACCCUGGCAAUGCACCUCCAAUGAGGGCUUUGCCUUUGGCUUAUGUUAGAGAUGCAAAGAUCCGCGAGCGACUCUGCAUCCUGAAUGCCAAUGCUACGCACCCACAUCCGCGAGCAAGAGCAGCGAGCUUUCUUAUGGCAGAGGGAGCACGGUGGCUGAUCGUGGAAGAAGGGGACCAGAAAGAAGUGAUUUCUGUGUCUUUGCAGCGACUCCAGCACAGUAACGCUCGUGAUGCUGCAACAGAGGCACACCUUGCGAAGCUUGAUGCCCUGGAGGACUAUCAUGAUUGGGGUGAUCGCUUCAACAAAAUGCCCGCAUCCACGCAUGAGAUACUCUGUGGUCCACAGCCAUGCCCUCCGGCGGAUGGCAUUGGAGCUGGUGACGAUGGCUCAUCAAAGAUGCAUGGGCUUUGGUCCGAUGCCAUGAGAACUUCUGGUUUGGUGCUCUACCUUCUCAAGCAUCACAGAGGACCGUUGGACAUUCUUAGGGCUUCUGUGGACAUUGGCGGUGACGUCGAUUCCAUUGCCGCUUUGUGCCUUGGGGUUGUGGGUGGUUCAGCUGGACUUGGAUUUGGAGAAGCCAACGGUCUGCCGUGGUUCCUUUUGGAAGAGGUGGAGGGCGUUGAGUAUCUCCAUGCCAAAGGGCAGAGGAAGACCGUGAAUUUGAUGCUGCUGAAGCCUGUGAUCGGGUUGCUUGGGCAGCAGCUCCUUGCAGCAAAAUGCUGCGGUGUAGGUGCGGUUUGUGACCGUUUGGCUGAUGACGAUGAGGAGAGCGAAUGGGGUGGCCUUCCUCGGUCUGAAGUUGUUUCCCCAGCUGAUGGUGGUGAGGGUGGGAGAUCAAGAGCAUGGUCAAUGCUUGAAGCCAUGAUGAACGACCUGGGGCUCAACACCAGAACCACAUCAGCACCAACUUCGGGCGGUGCGGAGUGUCCAAGAGUUGAGGAGCCAGACACUGACGACGAAGUCGUGCAGGAGGCACUCGAGGAACAGGGACUUGCGGAGGAGGCAGCAGAGCAGGAUAUUCAGCAGCUGCUCCAUGAACCUCCAACUCUCCUGUUGUCUUGUCCGCUGACACAAACACAGCCAACCAGUCAACAGAAGACUUCCACAUCCAGGAACAUACUCGCUUCAUCUAGAGCACAGACACCAUGCUCGGGAUCUUCUACACACACCAGAGGCACCCACACAGUGAGCUCGGAUACUAGCAUCGCAGCCAGCUCCUCCCCAACUCGGGAGGUAGCAAGGGCUUUGACCGUGUCUCAGGAGGCAGCCAGCAACGAGACGCUUUUUUUGCAGCUUCUUGAGGACGAAGUUGGGGGAAAUCGCCUGUGCCUCCCUGGAUCACCAGACACAUCUGGAGCGACAUCGCCACUAUCUUCAUUGCCCAGCCCAUGA